UUUUCACUUUCGGCAGCCGACGAUCAUCCUCACUUUUCCGUUUCAAGUCUUCGGUGGCCUAGUGGCCUUCCUCUCAACUUCUCCAUCGAAAUUUCGUCCUCUCACUCUCCUUCGCAAGACGGACAUGAAGAUCUGAAAAAGAGAGCCACGAUGAGGAAGAGAGUACGGAAUAGUCGAGAGACAAUAAUGGGACCUUCAUCGUCCAGAUCGGCUGAUGGUCAGGCUCAGACAUGUUCACAAAAUGAAAGUCCGUUUGCUUUCCCUGCUGUCGUUGAAAGUCGUUGCCCAUAGUAGUCGGAUCAUGCUUGCUUGCGGGAGGAUCGCUUUCCCACCGUGCUUACCAAACGCUAGGAGGAACCCAAGAUUGUUUCGUUGUGGAACUGAAACUUCACAAGGCUCUUCCAUUGGAGGAUACAGUGGCAAAAGAAAAGCAGUAAUCGUCGGCUCUGGCUGGGCUGGCAUUGGAGCUGCUCAUCACCUCUGUAAUCAGGGUUUCGACGUCACCGUUCUUGAAGGCGACUACGGUUUCGGCUAUCCUGACACUACAGCGAGCCGGGGUUAUUAUCGUGCCUUUCAAAACAUAUUUAGCCUUGUUGAUGAGUUGGGCAUGAAGCCUUUCACCAAUUGGACAAAAUCUGCACAAUAUUCUGAAGAGGGACUGGAGGUAGAGUUUCCAAUAUUUCAAGAUUUGCCUCAAUUGCCUACUCCAUUGGGAACCUUAUACUACAGCCGAUUCUUUCGGAUUCCUUUGUUGGAUAGGUUGACAUUUCUACCUUUAGUGGCUGCAGUGAUUGACUUUGACAACACUGACACAGCCUGGAGGAAAUAUGAUUCAAUUACUGCAAGGGAGCUUUUCAAACAGUUUGGCUGCUCAGAGAGGCUUUAUCAGGAUAUACUAGGGCCGUUGGUUCAUGUGGGCUUGUUUGCUCCAGCAGAGCAAUGUAGUGCUGCUGCAACACUGGGACUGCUAAAUUUUAUUGUCCUUGCUAGCCAGAAAGAUUUUGAUAUAGCAUGGCCUCGUGGAGCUGUAAAAGAAAAGAUUUUUGAGCCAUGGAUGGAUUCCCUAAGAGCUAAGGGCUGUAAAUUUGUGGAAAAUAGUAGAGUGACAGAUUUAAUCUUCAAUGAGGAAACAGGUUGUGUGUCAGAGGUAGUUUGUGGUGGGGUGACCUACAAAGCUGAUGCAGUGAUCAUGGCAGUGGCAAUAUCUACUUUGCAAGAGAUUAUAAAUAAAAGUCCAACAUUAUGUUCAAGGGAGGACUUUCUGAAGGUUCUAAACUUGGGAAGCGUUGAUGUUCUCAGUGUUAAACUUUGGCUUGACCAGAAGGUGAAGAUUCCGGCUGCCACCAAUGCUUGUUCUGGGUUUGACAACUCAUUUGCAUGGACAUUCUUUGACUUGAAUGUCAUUCAAGAUGAGCAUCAAAGCGAUUCUAUGACAGUUUUGCAAGCUGACUUUUAUUAUGCAAAUGAGUUGUUGCCACUGAAGGAUGAGCAGAUGGUUGUGAAAUUGAAGUCUUACCUCUCCAAGUAUAUUAAAGAGUUUGAGAAUGCUAAAGUGGUUGAUAAAGAGAUUGGUAGAUAUCCCAAAUCUUUGACCCACUUCUUCCCAGGUUCAUACAAGAACGCGUUGCGUGGGUCUACCUCUUUCCCAAACUUGUUCAUGGCAGGUGAUUGGAUUGUUAAUCGACACGGCUCAUGGGCACAGGAAAAAUCUUAUGUGACGGGACUAGAAGCUGCCAAUCGAGUGGUGGACUAUCUCGAAGAGGGAAGCUUUGCUAGGAUACUACCAGUAGAAGAAGCUGAACCACAUAUUCAGACUCUUCGUAAUGCCAAUAAGAGCUUUAACGAUCUCAGGGCCCAGCUUUCCUUGUCCAUUACCCAAUUAUUGCCUCCAUGAACUGAUUCACUGUCAUCUUUUGACAUCUUGAGGGAUCAGGAAAGAGCAAGCGAGACGUGUUAUGUGAAUCUCACAUGAGCGGGUCAAUAAUUGAUCAUCCCGCCAUGUUUCAACUUUCAAUGUAUAGCUGUAACUAUAUCGAAGAGUGAGGAUUGCAAAAUUUUGAAAUACCUUUGAUUAGUCAUAGUUAAUAAUACAGUUAACUAUUACACAGUCAUGCAUAUGGCUCAGCUACAAUCUAAAGUUGCAGGAUUAAUCGCUUUUCUGUUGGCUGUAUCUAUUUGUUGUAUUCUUGAAGGAAUACUAUAGCAAGUAUUUCUGUUUAGAAUGAUUAUGAGCUGGAAAAGGGAAAGAGAUGUUGUAGAUGUA